AUGCCAGAACACUCCUACACCUCCAGUAGGGGAAUCCCCGAAGGAGGGCCGUUGGCAGCAGCCGCAGCGGCGUUUCACAAGGACAGGGACUAUAGCACCUCGAAUCUUCCGGGAGCAUUUCCCAAAGAACCGGCAUACGAUUCGGUCACCAUUCCCCCUUCAUCAUCUACGUCGACGGCCAAUCCACCUAGCCGAUCUGCUACUUACGGUCAAACCGAGGACACUAAGGUGCCUGAUGCGAAUGCUGCAGCUCAAUCAGCCACCAGCGCUGCGUCAGUAACCAGGGAACCUGGCUCGGACGAGCCAAGACACACCAGCACCGUCGGGAAGAUACUCGGUGCUGUCGGCCUUGGAACCGCUGCUGCUGGCGCAGGAGUCGCUUCUUCGAGGGCAAGAGACGACGUUUCCCAACCCACAACCACUACGGGGGUUGACUCUUACACCGCCCCAACGCGGUCAGUUCCGGUAUCGUCGGAUCCUGAACUCUCGGAGCCCGCGCACCGACACCAGCGUAAAGAAAGCAUUCCAACCACAGCCUAUCCGGCAGGUCUAGAAUCUCCUGCACCUAUAAAUGCUCCAAUUGGAGGCACAAGCGCUUCGCGAGAGCCGGAGUACAAGGAUCACACAGGUCGCAAUGCCGCUUUCGCAGCAGCCGGGGUCGGAGCACAUGAAUAUGGCCGGGACAAGGAACUUCGUCAAGAUGUAAUGGACACACCGGCGCAAGGAACUGCUAACACAGCAGCUCCUGCUGCCAUCCCACAAGAAUUUAAGCAGGAUAGUUCUCGCCUGGGACGAGAGACCAGGGAGACUCCAGCAACAACAAUGGCCCAACCGGAAAGAGAUGCGCACGGAUACGGCAAAACAGCAGGGGCAGCCGGUGUCGGCGCGGCAGCUGUCGGAGCAUAUGAAUAUGGCCGGGACAAGGAACUUCGCCAAGAUGCAAUAGACACACCGGCAUACGGGACUGCUAACACAGCAGCUCCUGCUGCCGUCCCACCAGAAUUCAAGCAAGAUAGCUCUCAUCUGGGACGAGACACCAGGGAGACACCCGUCACAACGACAACAGAACCGGAAAGAGACUCGCACGGAUACGGCAAAGCGGCAGCGGCAGCGGGUGUGGGCGCUGGAGUAGGCGCCGCCGGAUUGUAUGGCUUGCAGCACGAUGAUCGCGAAACAGAACGAUCUGACUGGCCUCUCCGCGAUGAUCCUACUACAGCCCCAGCCGCCAACGCUGGACUUACUUCGCAAGGGGCCAUGGAGAAGCACCCUGCUCUCCAAACUCGUCAACAGGAUUACACCGCUUAUAACGCUCCACCAGCAAAGAAGACAAAUCAGACCAUCUCAGAGAGAUCAGCCGCGCCGCAGUACAGUGACCGCCAAAGUCGAUAUGAAGAGCCGUCGCAAAAGGACACAGCAAGACAAGAGGCAGCGCGUGCGGGCACUGCGGGGACUGGGACCGUGGCGUCAACUGCGCCAGACCGCAGCGAAGAACAGGCUAAAGCCGAUGAUGAUGCUCAACGGCGAAGGCGAAGAGAGAAAGAGGCAGCACUCGCAGGUGCGGCUGGCGUUGGCGCUGGUGCCACAGGCCUCCAUGAAUACGGCAAACAACAACAUGAGGAAGAUGAGGCUCGUCGACAGAAAGACCUAGCUGAGCAGGAGGAAGCUCGCCGUAGACAAUUCGAGAAAGACCAGAAAGCUGCCACGAAAGAAGCAAAGAAGGAGGAGAAGAAGCAGGCAAAAGAGGAAAAGGCAGCAGCCAAGGAGGAGAAGAAACACCAGAAGGAAGUGGAGAAGGAAGAGAAAAAGCAUCAGAAAGAACUUGAGAAGGAGGACAAGGAACACCGAAAAGAGCUUGAGAAAGAAGAGAUGGCACAUGACAAGGCAGCCAUUGCCGAGCAGGAGAAGCAGCAGCAGCGGGCUCGCGAAGAACGCGAACGACAUGAGAAAGAAGCCGCUGCGGCUGCUGCUGUGGGUGGCGGCGCAGCUGCGUACGAAGUCCACGACAAGGAUAAACACCCACCUCCGACUACCGCUACGGACGAUUCGGGGCAUACGAAGCUUCACAAAGACCCCCCUGCGGAGAAGAAACCCGGGCUCUUGAAGCGAAUAUUCCGCAGGCGCAAGAACAAGGAGACCGGUGAGGAAGAAGAGUAUGAAGAUGAUGAAGACCACGAGCACGAGCCCGAAUCAGAGCAUGGCGACCACCACAUUGCCGCAACUGGCGUAGGAGCCGGAACAGGUGCUACCGUUGCUGGAACCGCUGUUGCCACGUCCCACGAGCUUCCUGCCAAUUCCUACGAAGCACAAAGCGGUGGUGCGCAGAAGCCGUCUUACAACCCAUUCAAGAAAGACGAUCCAGCCAGCGCUGCCGGCGUCCCUGGAACCACGGCCAGUGCUCAUCCACCUGCCUCUCGUGACUUUGAUCCUCCCCCGCAAUACUGA